CAAAGAAAAAACAAUUUUGAAAAACAAAAAUUCCCCAAAAAUUAGGGUUUCUUCUGCCCAAUCGUAUUCGUCUUACACAACUGUCGGGUGCUCCGGAAUCACUUCUCUUCUCCAAGGUCUUAAGUCAUCAUCAUAGGAACACGAAGACGAUUGCAAAAAAACUUCCUCGUGAAUAUCCUCUGGAGAUGCAAUCGAAAUCGGGAAGUGGGAAUGAAGUGGAAGUCGAUCACCAUGCUGAUCAGCAGCCAAUGAUGUAUGCAGAGCCCUGGUGGAAGAAGAAUAACUCUUUUGGCGUCGUUCCUCAAGAGAUACCUUCCGUAAUGCCUUCAAAGUCCUCGUCUUUAGAAUCAAACGAUGUUCACUCAGCGUCUGGAGACGAUGGCGCUUGGAAGGAUACACAAGCUGCAACUUCGUCCCCUUCAGUAGAUAACCAUGGAGUGGAAGGGAAUGAUCCGGCGGCUUCUGUGGGUAACAUGCAUGAUCACCAGCAACUUGUACAACCACCAGAGCUUGUUGGACACUACAUUGCUUGUGUCCCAAAUCCGUAUCAGGAUCCGUAUUAUGGGGGAAUGGUGGGAGCAUAUGGACAUCAGCAAUUGGGGUUUCGUCCAUAUCUUGGAAUGCCUGGUGAAAGAACAGCACUACCGCUGGACAUGACACAAGAGCCUGUUUAUGUGAAUGCGAAACAGUACCAGGGAAUUCUAAGGCGAAGAAAAGCACGCGCCAAGGCCGAGCUAGAAAGGAAAGUUAUCAACAAAAAGCCAUAUCUUCAUGAGUCAAGACACAAGCAUGCAAUGAGAAGGGCAAGGGCUAGUGGAGGCCGGUUUGCCAAGAAAACUGAGGCUGAAGCAGCAGCUGAGAGAGAAAGAAAAAGAGAAAGGGGUUCAGCAACCAACUCGCCAGGCUCUGAACCAGUUGAGACAAACUCCAACGAGACCCUGAAUUCUUCACGUGCAGCAUAGUUAACCAAAGCUCAGAGAUAGAGGGAGGGACACGCUUUGGCUUAUAUAAUCCAUUGCCCCCAAACUGGCAAAUCAUUCUUGGCUUUUAGGUGUUGUGUGUUGCUUAGUUGUUCUUGUCAGAGUCUCAUAUUACAAUGUACAAAGAGAGACGAGUUAUGUUAAGGUGUUAGAUUCGGAGACGAGAGACAGGGGAAUAGUCAGUAGGUCUUUGUUUAUAUUCUUUUUUUUUCAUAAAAUACGUUUGUUGAAUCGUUGAGCCGACACUGUUAUUACAGAACUG